AUGGCGAGCAAGAAGCGGUCGUACGAGAAGCUGCCGUUCGGCGCUCCGCCGAGGCAGCCGGACGAGCCGUUCAACCCGUUCGUCAACCACAGCGCGCCGAUUAACUCCUACGAGAUCGUGAAGCUCACGCUGAUGUUCCCCGUGUUCCUCGUUCGCGCGGUGUUCAUGUUCGUCUGCUUUAUUCUCGGAUACGUCUUCGCGCGCCUCGCGCUGAUUGGCGCGAAGCACAUCCAGACAAAGCCCUUCCCCAAGUGGCGGAGGAAUCUCCUGUGGCCCACUAAGCUUCUGACACGUGGCGUUCUCUUCGCCUGCGGAUACAACUGGAUUGAGGUGAAGGGCAGGGUCGCGUCAAGGGCAGAGGCGCCCAUAAUCGUGUGCAACCACGUGACGUUUGUGGACCCCAUUUAUCUCUUCAUGGCUCACCUGCCGAUGAUCAUUACUGCUAAGGAGAACAUGAAGAUCUUUGUAGCGGGGGCAAUCAUGCAGGCACUCCAGGCCAUACCAGUCGACCGAGCGUCCCCCACAUCGCGCAAGGACGCAGCAUACGAGAUCAAGAAGCGCGCCAUGUGCAACGACUGGGCGCGAGUUCUCCUCUUCCCCGAAGCCACCACCACCAACGGCCGCUCCCUCGUCUCCUUCAAGACGGGCGCCUUUGCCCCGGGCCUGCCGGUGCAGCCGGUGGUGGUGACAUACCCCUACACGUCCUUUGACCCCUGCUGGGUGGCUGAAGGACUUCCGGAUAUGACCCUGCUGUGGCGCCUCAUGUCGCAGCCACACAACCGCAUGCGCGUGGAGUAUCUACCCGUGAUCGUGCCCACAGACGAAGAGAAGAGAGACGCAAAGAAGUUCGCGGAGAGGGUCCGCCUGGCCAUGGCGCGGCGCCUCAACCUGGCCCUCACAGGCCACUCCUUUGGCAACGUGCUGCUGGCGCUCGAGGCAAAGAAGCUCAAGCUGCCCGUGGGGACGGCAAACGUGGAGUUUGGGCGGCUGGAGCAGCUGUUCCGAGUGGACGUGAGGGAGGCCAAGCAGUACCUGAGGCGAUUCCAUACCAUGGAUGUGGGACACUGUGGCACUGUGAGCUACCCUGGGUUCCUGGCAGCGCUGGGUCUGCCCGACUCAGAGGCCUCUCAGAUGCUCUUUGACUUUCUCGACACCAAUGAGCGCGGCACGAUCAACUUCAGAGAGUUCCUGGCAGGGCUGGUCUUUGUGUCCCGCCAUCCUCAGUUUCAUGAUUCUGUGGAGAAGGCAUUUAAGCGGUUGGAUCUGGAUGGGGAUGGACGGCUGACAGCGCAGGAGGCAAAGGAGGGCAUGCGGGAGCUGUUCCCUACUAUCACAGACGACCAGCUGGCUAAGCUGAACGAACUGCUGGGGCUGAACAGCAAGACCUCGCUCACCUGGGAUGAAUUUGAGCAUUUCCUCAAGACCCACCCCGAGUAUCUUGUGGCAAUUCUGGCCGCCGAUUUGGCUGAUGUCAAGGAGGAAAGCGAGAGCACCCCAAUUUACCUGUCUCGCCUUCAGCUUUCUCGUCCUGCCAUCACCAACUACUGUCGUGCAAAGGUCAAGAUGGUGAUGGAUAAGAACGCCAAGAUCUACGUGGCUGGUCACACCGGUCUGGUGGGAUCAGCCAUCUGCAGGAAGCUUAAGAAGGAGGGAUACAACAAUAUCGUCGGAAAGACCAUCGAGGAGCUUGAUCUGACACGGCAAGCGCUCGUCGAGGAGUACAUGAACCAGGAGAAGCCUGACUACGUGAUCGUCGCUGCCGCGAAAGUCGGCGGAAUUCACGCGAACAGCGUCUAUCCCGCUGAUUUCAUCGGAAUCAAUCUUCAAAUCCAGACCAACCUCAUCGACGCUGCUUACAGGGCCGGGGUGAAGAAGCUUGUCUUCCUCGGAUCGUCUUGCAUCUACCCGAAGCUCGCUCCCCAGCCUAUCACUGAGGAUGCUCUGCUUACCGGACCUCUGGAGCCCACGAACGAGUGGUAUGCCGUCGCCAAGAUCGCCGGUAUCAAGAUGUGCCAAGCCUACAGAAUCCAGUACAACUUCGAUGCCAUCUCAGCGAUGCCGACCAACAUGUACGGCCCGUACGACAACUUCCACCCGACCAACUCCCACGUGCUGCCAGCUCUGAUCCGACGGUUCCACGAGGCCAAGAAGACCGGAGCCAAGGAGGUGGUUUGCUGGGGUACCGGCACUGCUCUGCGCGAAUUCAUGCACACCGAUGAUCUCGCAGAUGCGCUCCUCUUCCUGCUCAACAACUACAGCGACAUUCCCCACCUGAACGUGGGAACCGGCAUUGAGCUCACAAUCAAGGAGCUGGCAGAGACGGUCAAGGAGGUGGUGGGCUUCGAGGGCGAGAUCACGUGGGACACGACCAAGCCCGAUGGCACGCCCAGGAAGCUCAUGGACAGCUCGAAGCUGCACGCGCUCGGGUGGAAGCCCAAGGUGGGGCUCAAGGAGGGCCUCACGGAGGUGUACAAGUGGUACCAGGAGAACUACAAUGUCUAA